GCCAGACUCGCAGCCGGCUAUUCCCAAGAAACGAGAGCGCCAUCCACAAAUUCGCAUCCUUCCGUGUCCUGUUGCCCGGCUCCUCGGUAGCCCGACUGCGUUUCUCUCGGCCUCCAGCCCAUCCUCACAGCCCGGGCCACACGGCCAGCUCAGAGACACCGCACCAUGAACUGGAUCAAGAAAAACGUCUCGUCGCUGCAGGUGCAUCUGCGCCGUGCUUCAACCGACUCGCAAGCCAUGGCCUCGAGCCCCCUCCCGACCGAAAACGAAAAGAUUCGGCUCUGCUGCAUGCUCCACGGUCAGGAGCCCGACCAGCAGCAGCCUCAUGAUCACUCCGCAGCCACCCGUAGCUCUGAGGGUCAAGAAUCGUCUGAGCCGACCAAGCGACUGUGGACAUCAUGGGCCGCGUACAAAAAAAUCGUCGACCAGGAUGCUGAGAGCCACGACGCCGACGACAGUGUCAUGCAACAGAGCUCCAAACAUGCUCGCUCGGACGCUCUCUUCAUCUUUAUCGAUGCCCUCGUUUCGCAUCCGGCCACGGCAUCCGUGAUCGACCCUGCCUCGGCCACUGAUGUGCCAAAUCCUUUCGAUUCGCUGCAGUCUGUCGAGGACCUGCCUUCGAUCAUCCAGUCGCCACCACCGACAGUAAUCCAGCCUGUGCCGCUGGCAUCAAGCCCCAAGCGGCCCCGCAAGCUCACCAUCGAGACCAACACAGCAACCCUGGUUCCUCCAGAGAUUCGCAAGAAACGCGUUUCCAAAGCCCCACCAGCUGUCCCCCCGCUUCCCCAGCCGCAUGGCACCCUGAUUGCUGUUCUGCAGGAGCUGGACAUUCUCGUCGAAGCCUUCGAUGAGCUCGUCAAGAUGGGCAACCCGAUGUGGCCAUCCAAGCUGCCGCGCAUCAAAGCGGUUGCGCGAUGUCUGUCGUUGCUCAGCCGGCCCUUGGCAUUCCAGGACUCCCUUUUGCGACAUAACGGAAUAUCGUACAUCGCCAGCUUAGCCGAGUCAAUCAUAUUUCUUCUACUCUCUCGUAUCAACCCGGCUGCACCCAACCAUCAAAAACUCUGUCGAGUCGAGACCAUCAAAGUUCCUCAGAACGGCGAAAUCGUCCUGGCCAACAUCAACCUCCUGCUCGAAGAAAUCGCGAUGGAUCUCUUUGCCACCAUCCAGCGCUGUGUGGACUCGGAGCACCGGUGGCGCCGAUACCUCGAGACAGCCAAUAUCUUCGAGUCGAUCAAGGGUGUCUACAGAGGGUCCAAGCACGCGCUCGACUCGGCCUCGGCCACGAAGCUUGCGACAGUAUGCUUCCGUGUCCUGAGCCCCGAGACCAGGGAGUGCUUCCGACAGAGACCUAUCGGAUAUGCUCUGAGCAUACACGCCCUCAACAUCGUCGCCAGCAUCAUGGUUGGCCGCACGCGUUCGGGGAGGAAGAUAUUCAUGGAUCAGGAUGGCUGUCAGAAGGUAUUGGGGCUCAUCGGCUGGCCAAGCUUUAUCCUGCCCAUGCUUUUGCCCAAUCCAAGCGCCGGGCCGUCACCAUCGUCACCAUCGUCACCACCGUCACCACCGUCACCACUGUCGCCCCCCUCCACCCCGGCCACGCCUCGGCCACACGCUGGCGCCAGUACACCGCCUGUCAUUGAUUCGCAGGUCCUUCGAUCGGAAUUCAAGCUGCAGCUUCUCGCUCUCUAUGUUUAUAACUGCUGGAUCCACUUGUCUGGAUACACACUGGAAGAGAUCCAUCUCGACGAUCGCUACCUGACCGUCAUUUCGCAGCUGUUCCAGUGGACCAGCCUUGUUGCCCAUGGCGUUGCCGCGCUCCAGGCCUUUGCCUCCGAUGAAACAUCCUACGACUGGUUUGCCCAACCCCCUGUCCGUCCGCUUCAGACGGCGCUGCCGUCCUCACAGACCUGGCCCGAAGCCCACAAGCACACCUUCACCAGCCUGGAGGAGGCCUACUUGAAAGAAGCGGCUGCCAUGCCAGUGGAGCCUCCUGCGCGUCCGCUGUGGGAGCAGGCCCCGCCUCACAUCCACCGAGAUCUGCCGCAGAUUCAAUCGAUCGAAGUCGAUCUGCUCUUCCACACCGUCUAUUCUUUCUGUGUCUGCGAUAACGAGCCUAUUGUCCUGUCCGUUGCCAGUCCCAUCGGCCCAACGGCCAGUGACUCGGAAGGCAAGGUCACCAAACGCUAUCCGGCCAUCGAGGUCUUCUUUGCAGCCUUUGCAGCGUGCUUCUCGAAUGCUUCCACGACAUUCGGCCUCCCAGCACAAAGUCAACUCGAGCAGCUGCGUUUGGUGUCCCUGAGCAUGCAAUCCCUUGGCUCCUUGAAGGUCGUGCCCCGCAUCCAGAUCAAGUUCAUUGAGUUCGUCGCCAAGCUGAUGUCGUCCGAGCAGCGCAGCGACGACGUGGAUGAGACCCUUCAGAGCAUCACGACCCGUCGCCAGGUCUGCCUCAACGUCAUCGAGUCAAACCGCCUCUGGGACUCGCUCUUCUCGGCGCUGUUUUAUCGAUGGCAGCCGCCGGCAUCCGCAGAUGGUAGCAUCAAGGGCGAGGAUAUCUUUAGCCGCGAGCUGCGCUACCUCGUCACCAAGAUUGUCCUCUUUGCUGCCACGAUCCCGGGCAUCCCCAACGUCAACCUGUGCAGGGUUGUGCUGCGGGUCAUAUCAGAGCUCCAUGCCGCCAGCCUCGAUAGCGCGGUGGAUAUUAUUGAUCUGCAGCGACAAAUCAUCAAGGAGCAGCGGCUUGCCACCCAAUCGGCCCUGAAGGAGAUACAGUGCCUCGAAAUCCUGACGCCGAUCCUGCAGUCAAGCCUGUCAACCGAUAGCGCAACGAUGUGGCCGCUGUUUGCGCUAUACCAAUGGAUUCUGGUGGCCAACAACGACCAGUGUCUCGCUGUCUACGAUGACAAGCCCACGCUCAAGGCCAUUGUCAUGGCCCUCAAGCGCGAGCACGAGGGCAUCUCCCGCUUCGGCCUCGAGGCAACACUCUACAUUAUUCGCGCCCUGGCGUCGGUACCACCUGCUCGGCAUCCCGAAGAGCAUCCAACCGCACCGACAGCACACAAAUCCCCUCUUGUCGACAUGCUCUCCAUGUUUUUCGAGUGCUUUCCUGCCGAGAUCCAGACAGAAGCUUGCUACAGACUGCAGAUGGCGCUUCUGCGGGGCUUGAUGCGCAUCGUAUCGCUCUUCCCACCAGCCUCCACUCGGAGGCGUCGCAUCCUCAGGGCGCUCCUGAAAGCACGGGCAUUCGAGUAUCUCCUUGGCGUCCUGAGUGUCGUCAAUCGGAUCGAUAGCCCAGCCGUGAACGAGCACAGCGCAAUCACUCUGGACCAGCGCUACGACGCCUGCGUGGUUGUGGUCCAGACCCUCACCAACUUCAUGAACUCAAGCGAUGACUGCAAGAAGGCGUUCCGUGAUAUUCUGGGCUAUGACGAGCUGCGGGCACGGAUUUUUGUGAAGGGAGUGUGCUGCGACUGCGAUCGCCUGAUUGACUCGUUCAUCGCGAUGAUGAUGGACGACGUCGCUCCGGGAAGCACCUCUCCCCGUCUGAAGGUCAUGCAAAACCGAGACGUUGUGGACUUUCUCCUGGGUCUCUUUCCAAUCAUGGGCGAGUUCAGCCGUACUCGAAUGCUGGAGCAGUUCAUUUUCCUGACCGAGUCUCAUGAGAUGAACCAGGUCUUGUUCACUCAGCUCGCCCUCGUCCGAAAGCUUCUCGAGGACGAGACGUUUUUGGCAUCCAGCCCUGAACAUAUGAAGAAGGUCGUCAGGCUCAUCGAGAAAGUCGCGCUCCACAGCAUCAGCAUCACCGACACCCGCUUGAUCCUGGGUAGUCUACGCCACCACGAACUCCUGGAUCUGACUGAGAGCGAAACCAAUGCCGGCACGCUCCCGCGGAAGAAGCCGGCCACCUGGGCGAUCGCCUUGGAUCGCAAAUCGGCCGACGAGCGAACGCACACACUGCCCUCGUGGUACGACGACAUGACCCAGGCUUUCCUAAACGUGGCCCUCAAGAAGGAGGCCGAUCUGGACUUUUUCUACUUUGAGGGCCGCGAGAGCGGGAUCAUUCUGCCCGUGCUGGAGCGGUGGCCCUACAACACCGGAUAUGCUGGGGGCUACACCAUCUGCACCUGGUUCAAGAUGGAUCCGUCGCUUGAUACCGAACGAGCCGGCCGGGCUGAGCAGGGCUCUGCUGCACCGCCUGCCCCCCUCGAGGACGUCGAUGCCAAAGUCGAGCCCCGCAUCUUCUCGAUCCUGAACACCCACGGUAACGGCGUCGAAAUCUUUGUCCGGGACAAGGCUCUCUACCUCUCCCUGAAGCGUGGCGCCGUCCACACCGUGAUUGCCAUCCCCGACGUCAAGAUUAUCACACAAAAGUGGUACUUUGUCGCCAUUUCGCACGCAAGCCCGAAGCUGCUCUGGACCUCGCAAACAGAUCUGGUCCUGCUCGUCAAUGGCGUCGUGCGCCUCAAAAUCAAAGUCGACUUCCCGGAUGUCGACAGCUACUCGAUGUGUCGCAUAGGAGCCUCGGCGAUGACUUCGGCUGAAGAUUUGGCCGCUACCGAGGCGGGUGCUUCAGGCAAGGACAAGAACAAAUCCAUAAACUCGUCUCUCGACAGUGUCGCGAGCAACGGACCCCAUCUCGAUAUCAAGGAGUUGAUUGACUACACCGGGGCACUCUUUCCUGACAGCUCGCUCGCCCGCAACCCCAGGAAGGGAAACGCGGGAUCCGACGACUGCUACAACUCCUUCCAGGGCCAGAUGACGUCCUUCUAUCUCUUUGACGACGCCCUGACGGUACCGCAGCUGAACUCGAUCUAUGGCCUUGGUGUGGGUCACUCGUCCCAGUUCCGAGUCGACGACGCCAUGUACUACCCGUCGCUUGAAGCGCCGCUGUUUGACGGGACGGUGCACGCCAAGUUGUGUCUGCAGUACCAUCCGAUGGCAUCGCAAAGCCAGGCCGUCUGCACGAACGUUGCCCCCAAGGAGCUCUACCGAGACAUGGAUGCACGGCUGCACCGGACGCUUACGUGCUCGACAAAGUGCCUGCGCACGGCCAUCCAUGUCUUGGGCGGCAUCGAGAUCCUGCUGCCCCUGAUCUUCCACUUUGACAUGUCCACACUGGAGCAGCGUCAGGGUGAGAGUGACUCGACAACGUCCUUUAGCGCCCAGCGCGUGUCCACGUUCUUCCGCCUGCUCAGCGUCUUACUCGCCGACGAUGCGCUCCAUCAAGCGCAUUUUCUGUCAAUCAAGGGGUCGCAGAUCACGUCGAUGCUGCUCCAGCAGGUCGACCCCAAGCAUCUCACCAUGUCGACCCUGGAUGGAAUCAUGGAUCUCGUCAACUCAGUCUCGGAGAACGAGCAGCUGGCACAGUCGCUGCACGAGUCGUUCGUAUUUGAGUUCCGGUUGUGGGCCUGUGCCUCGUUUUCGGUGCAGCAAGAGUACUUUGAGUUCCUGUUUCAGUACCUAUCUGUGCACGCCGAUUUCCGCGCAAAGUACGGCGUGGCCUUCUUCGUGGAUGUGCUCGAAAGCUUUUACUGGUAUUUACUGCCGGACGUGAUCAACACGGACCUCACAAAGCUCCUCAAGGCGCGCUCGACCACAACCAACCUCAAGAGUCUCCGGAGCGGCGCCAUCCGCAUUCUGAAGCACUUUAUUGCACAGGGCAUCAGCGAAGACGAGGCCUCGCGCAUCGUGCGGUCCAUCUGGACCUGUACCGACGAAGACCAUCUCCUGGAGCUGAUGGGCGUGGCCAUGGAGUUUAUGCUCGUGCCGACCAGCGGUCUCUUGGAGAAUUUCCUGACUCACAACGGCCUCGACUCGCUGCUGCGGCUCUGGAUCUCGUGCAAAAAGGAGGCCACGCGGGUGGCCGUCCUGCAUCUCCUGUUCGUGAUCAUCCGCAGCCCGAACACGGCCGAAAGGUGGAGACGCAAGGCCCGCUUUGAUGAUCUGGCUCUCACAGGCGCAAGUCUCCACGCCGUUUCCUCCCUCUUCCAGGCGCCAACGUUCACAACGCCCAUGUACCACGCCCUCUUGCAGCUUGCUUUGGAAGAGCCCGUCAUCGACUGCAGCAGCGGCGAGUUGAUCAUGCUCCCGACGGAUCUGCCCGGCAAAGUCCUCAGGAACUCGUUCUAUCUGCACACCAUCUUCCACCUGCUCGUGAAUGCUGAGGCGACUGUUGAUCUGCGCAGAGCCGUUCUGGGUGAUCUGCUGCUGUUGUGCAGCAGCCUGCCAUCCAACUCGGAGCGAAUUGCGCUUCUCUACGGCUGGCAAAGGUACUUCUUGAACCUGAUUCCGGAGUGUCCGCGACGGGUGCUGACGCUCAAGCGCACCCCCAGCCAGUCGCGCGUCUGGCUCGAAACCUCCGAGAGCACUCAGAGCAUCCGCAUUUCGCUGGAAGACUCGGGCUUGACGAAGCUGGCCGAGUCGCCGGAGCAGCUCCAAGCGUAUGCAUCGCAGCUCACUGACGAUCCAGACCAGAUGCUCGACAUGUCUACUUCGAGCGCCGCCGUCUCGGCCAGUGCGGUAGGCAUGGACGCCGACGAACCCACGACCAACCUGGUGAUGCAGCUCAUCAGCACCGUCAUCAAUGAUGUUUUUGCAACCGACAGACGCUCCUGGAAGAUGAUCGAAGACAUCCUUGUCAUCAUCUGGUCCACCUCCACCAGCAUCGACAGCGGCAUCUUUGUUGUCCGCCAGUUUUUCCUGUCGUUUUUCCAGCGUAUCCGCAAAGACGUCCAUCUUGCUGCAUCCUUCAACCUGACCAAGAUUGAAAAUCUCAUCCACACCGUGAUGCUGUCGGAGGAGAUCAUGUUCAACCAUCAGGACCUCCGCGAGGCUGUCUUGAAGGAGCUGGAUGCAAUGAGCGCCGACAUGACGACACCGUCGGAGCGCUACCAGCCGUCAAACCCAACCGAGGUCAUUGUUCGGAUGUCGUAUCCGCUGGUGGAGUCCAAGCAGCUUGCAAGCGAGUGUCUUUCGCUGUUAUCGACCAUGAUCGAUCUUCGAUUCACGCUGACAGACUUGUCAGAGAAGUCACAUUCGCGUAAAAACGGACUCGUGCUGCUCGCCCUCCGGCUGCUCCUCAACGCCCUCAAUGUCGCCGACGAAGAUGUUUGGCAGAUGGUGAUCCAUUACAUAGUCCCCAUCAUCGACAUGGAUACCGUUUUUGCGGACAUGGACGACAAACUCAAGCACCGCUGGGUGUUCCAAAUCAUCGGUCACAUAUAUGAUGCGUUUCAGAGAAUCCAGGACCCGCCCGCCCAGCGGAGCGAUGAACCCGCGGCUCUGCCGUGUGGAGAGACAGAGAAGCUGGACGAAGUUAUUCUCCCGCUGUAUAUGCUCAUUGUGGGACAGUUCCGCGAUGCCAUCCUCGCGCUCAACAACGCCAAGGGCGAGCGAAUCAUUACCGAGGAGGCUCUCGACCAGGCCGAGUCGAGCCAAGAGCGCUUCCUGUCGUUCAUAGCAUCCCCAGAAUGGACGCAGGUCUAUGAUCUCUACUGCUUCCCGGCAAUGAAGACGAUUCAGUCCGAGGACAUGGAGAUGAUCCCACACAUGACCCGGCGGAUUGCCAAGUCGGUGCGAGUGUUUUUCACCAAGGUGCUCAAGGACGAGAACAGCGGUGCCAAGACGUACCAGUCCAUGGAGAGCUUUUUGUAUUCGAUCUCCAAGAAGCGCAAAGACGAAGAGACAUCGCGGCUGUCGCUGCAGAAGGCCACAGCCGAUGCCGAGCGUCGAGCCUAUUCUCGCUCCUGGGCGUUGAUUCACCGCGAGCUGACGCAGGAACGCGCCAUAUGGUAUGUGGACGAGGGAAGCUCUGCGCCGCCACAGCGAUGGAAGCUCGAUACUCGCGAGGGCUUUGGCCGGAUGCGUCGACGACUUGUGCCCAACUUUGAGUUCGACGACCAUCGACUGGCAUCGGCCAAACGGGACAAAUCCACAGUUCUUGAUCGGGCGAGCCCCUCGCCGCGCAUGUCCCGUAUCGGCUCGACAACGCCUGGCCGGAAGAAGCAGCAGCAGCUCGAGAAGAUCAAGAGCCAGCUCGAAUCAGGGUAUUUGUCCGAAGACAUUCUCAAGGAACUCGCUGCAUCAUCGGCCGAAGCCAUGGAUGACGAAAGCGAGGACGACGAGGAGUGGAACGUUUUGAAGGACGAAGAUCUGACAAUUCAGAUGUCGACCUCGACUGCAGACUCGGAGCGCUUCCUGUGCUCGGUGGAGUGCGAAAUGAUUCUGCUGAUGACGGCAGUCAAGGGCCGGCUCGAGCUCACGACCAAGAGUCUCGUCUUUUACGCCGACUUCCAUAGCACCACUGCUGAGCUGACCGACUACGAAAAAACCGUGCUGAUGCUGGUUGAAUCCGAAGUGAUUCGGGAGCGGCGCUGGCCUGUCCAGAACUUGCGCGAGAUGUACCUCCGCCGAUAUAUGCUCCGUCGGUCGGCGCUGGAGAUCUUCUUUGUCGAUCAGACGAGCUACCUGUUCAACUUUCCCCAGCUCAAGGACCGGACGCGGCUCUUUUCGAAGAUUGUGAGCAUGAGGCUCCCCAAGCUCAUAAGCGCCGACGUGCGUAAUCCUGCCGAAGCGUUCCGCAAGAGCGACAUGACCGAGCGCUGGAGGCGACGCGAGAUCUCCAACUUUGAGUAUCUCAUGUAUUUGAACACUGUGUCAGGACGCACGUACAACGAUUUGACCCAGUACCCGGUGUUCCCGUGGAUUCUGCGCGACUAUACAUCGGACACCAUUGACCUCAACGACCCCAACGUCUAUCGAGACCUGUCCAAGCCGAUUGGCGCCUUGGAUCCCACACGCCUUCAGCAGUAUCUCGAGCGUUACUCGUCUUUCGAGGAUCCGUCCGGCAAGAUCAAAAAGUUCAUGUACGGCACACACUACAGUUCCGCGGCAACGACGCUGUACUAUUUACUGCGAAUGGAGCCGUUUACAAGCUUGCACGUCGCCCUCCAAGGCGGAAAGUUUGACCAUCCCGACAGGCAGUUCCACUCGCUGGAGCGGUGUUGGAAAUUUGUCCUGACAGGCAACGGCGAUGUCAAGGAGCUGAUUCCGGAAUUCUUCUACCUGCCCGAGUUCCUGAUCAACGAGAAUAAGUUUGACCUGGGUCGCCGCCAGAGCGGCGAGCAUGUCGAUGACGUCAUUCUCCCACCGUGGGCGUCGUCGGCUGAGGAGUUCAUCCGCAUCCACCGCGAGGCCCUCGAAGGCGACUACGUCUCCGACAAUCUGCAUCUCUGGAUUGACCUUAUCUGGGGCUAUCGCCAGACGGGCGAAGAGGCAGUUAAGGCGCACAAUGUAUUCUAUUACCUCACUUACGAAGGGGCCAUCAACAUCGAUUUGGUCAAGGACCCAAUCGAGCGAAAGUCAAUCGAGGACCAGAUCAACAACUUUGGACAGACGCCGUCGCAGCUACUCAAGAAACCCCACCCUCCUCGAAUGAAGGUCAAGGCUGGGCUACCGCGAGUCAAUCUCUACGGAACACUGCAAGGGCAUCAGAGCUACCUGAUCCAGCUGCGUGGGCUUCAGCCGCUCCAGUUCGUGCGCAUCACGGCAGAGGCUGGAUCGAAUGCAAACCAAAGUAUGUCGAUCUCUCCAUUCAGCGGCCUUGGCGGUGCAAACCAAGAGCGCAUCAUCACGGUCUCCUCGGACUAUGUCAUCGGAGCACACAAAUGGUCUUCGCAGUCGUAUGAAAGCUCCGAGUCGCUUACGUUCCCGUUCGAGCCCGAUGGAACGCCUAUCGCCAAGCGACGCCUGCCGUCACAGUUCGCCUCCAAUCUACCCCUGGCGACCAAGAAGCUUACGGCAACGGCGUCUGGCAAGUUCAUUUUCUCAGCGGGACACUGGGACUCGUCGUUCCACAUCACAGCCGUCGACAGCUUCAAGACUGUGGCGAUCGUAUAUGGGCACCACGACGUUGUCACCUGCCUGGCGCUCUCGGAAGACGAAAGCAUGCUAGCGACCGGCUCGCGGGACACGACAGUGAUCAUAUGGGAUCUGCAGCACUCGCCCGGCGACGGUCUCAUCGUCCAUCAAGAGAGCCGACGGAUCAUGUUUGGCCACGAGCAGGAAAUAACUGCGGUCGCGAUGAGCAUGGAGCACGACCUCGUUGUGAGUGGCUCCAAGGACGGCUCGUGCAUCCUUCACACAAUCUACGAAAGCCGAUACUUGCGCACGCUGCGUCCGGCAACAGAGCUGCCCGGCGACGCUCUCACGAUCCAGAACGUACUUGUUCCCAGCAGGCAGGGCUUCAUUGUUGUGAUCACGACGAUUCAGCCCGGCAAGCGGACAGGCGUUUCCCCAGGCAUGGCCGUCGAGACGAGCAAAAUCGCCGGCAACCACAAUUCGUCUGGUGUGGAGCUGUACCUGCCCCCGACACCUGUAACAACAACACACCCGCAGCUCAAGAACCCCGGCGACUCGGCGGCUGGCGGCACCACAGGCAGCUCCUUGGACGAUGCGGCCUCUGUGCUUGGACACGAUCGCAUCCGCGCGGCAGCAACAGCGUCGUCUGGGAUCCAUCUUUACACCGUCAACGGCAAAUGCAUCCGAAACCGGUACUUCAACAAGCAACUGUUUGACUUCCAAGUGUCGACGGAUGGGGCAUCGAUCGUCAUGGCUGACAGCCUUGGCCGGAUUUCUGUUAUGAAGACCCAUAGCUUGCAGACUGUCCACCACUUUGACAUUGGAGUCCCGGCUCUGUCGCUCUCUGUGGCACGCAACGAACAGUACAUGUUUGUGGGCCGCACGGAUGGCAAGAUGAUGAUGAUCACUGUCGAGUCCGGAAAAGUGAUGUUUGUCUGAUGGCACACAGAGCACUGCGGACGCGGAUGCCGAGUGUGCAGGUCCGGUCUGGACGGAAGCGGGGCGGACGAAUCUCACCCGCCCGCAAGUCAAUCUCGAGUGCCGGCUUGGAGACCGAAACGGUCCGGCCGGCACUGUCCCUGUCGAUUUCUUUGUUUCUUUGUUUCACUCUUUCUCUCUUUUGGCUGUGCAGCAAGAAUAUACAGACUUUUCAAACAUA